AUCUUGGGACAAUUGGAAUAUUUCCACACUUCGGCGAUCUCGAGGGAGAGAGGAUAUUAAAAUUAAUACCCGGUCAACAACAAUAAAACAAAAACAAUAGUCAAGAUGCGUACCUCAUCUUUGAUCGCAGUGGCUGCCACCGUCGCGUCUGCCGUCGCGGAGACCACCACCGCCACGUCUUACAUGACGGCGACGAUCACCAUCAACAAGUGCAGCCCUGACAACACCGCGUGCCCGCUGUACAGCUCGUCGACUAGCUCUGUCCCAACGACUUCGUCUUCCAUCUCGACGCCUCCCGCGUACCCUACGAGCUCUGUCGCGUUGAACACCACUACUACCACCAGCAGCAGCACUUCCUCCUCUUCUUCGCCCAUUGUCUCUUCUACCUUCUAUCCCAUCGCCAACUCAACUAAUCACGUUGGACCUACUGGCUACCAUAACGCUACCUCUAGCCAUGUGAUCCCUACUGAGUCCCUCACGCUGACUUCGGUGGUCGCCACAACGCCGGCUGGCACGCCUCCUGCUGUGCCGUCAGCUUCCGCCUCCACGGUCCCUACCGGUGGUGCUGGCUUGGUGUCCGUCCGGUCCGGUCUGCUGAUGGGUGUUGUGGCGAUGGGUGCCGCUCUCCUGAUCUAAGCGGAAGUUUAGGGAUGAAGGUGUGGGCUGUGUUAAUUAUACUUGGGCAAGCAAAAUCCCCAAGUUCCUAGCUCCCGCAAGGUUGAGCACUCGGCCUACAAAAAAAUACAUUCGGACAAAUUAAUUUUUAUUUUCACUU